GACAGAAUCUGUCUCCUCCCCCAAAGAUGUGAUUGUGAAAUAGAAUAUUAUGCUGUCUGUCACACAGAAGGAAGUUGGAAGCAUGAACUAAAACGAAAGUUUGUUAGAGUAACUUAACAUGUGAAACACUUUCGUCUUUUUUUCAAUUGAACUGGAAAAACAUGUCUCAUUUCCGGGCGUUAGCAGGACUUUUUUCAAAUUGACAAGAACGCAGGAACGUAGGAUUGUUACCAAGACACAGUGACUUAUCCGCGGACAACUUCAAGAAAAGACUGCAUGUCCCUCUUACCUGGAAAAAAUAUUUUUGGACAGAAUUAAACGAGCAUGUCAGACAACCGAUCUAGUUUUCUUCAUAUUGGAGACAUUGUUUCGCUCUACGCGGAAGGCACUGUAAAUGGCUUCAUCAGUACUUUGGGGCUUGUCGAUGACAGGUGUGUGGUUCAGCCUGAUGCCGGAGACCUGGCCAAUCCGCCCAAAAAGUUCAGAGACUGCCUGUUCAAGGUCUGUCCGAUGAACCGCUACUCUGCUCAGAAGCAGUUCUGGAAAGCCAAACAAGGCAAACAAGGAAACAGCAACACCCAGGAGGAUCUCUUCAAGAAGUUACAGCAUGCUGCAGAACUAGAACAGAAACAGAACGAGACAGAGAAUAAGAAGCUGCUGGGUGAAGUGGUUGAGUACAGUAAUGUCAUCCAGCUUCUGCAUAUAAAGAGCAAUAAGUAUCUGACAGUGAACAAGCGUCUUCCGGCGCUGCUGGAGAAGAACGCCAUGCGUGUCUCUCUGGACCCAGCUGGCAAUGAAGGCUCCUGGUUCCACAUCCAGCCCUUCUGGAAGCUCCGCAGUGAGGGUGAUAGUGUGGUGGUAGGAGACAAGGUGGUCCUGAUGCCUGUGAAUGCAGGGCAGCCUCUCCAUGCCAGCAACAUCGAGCUGCUCGACAACCCUGGCUGCAAGGAGGUAAAUGCUGUGAACUGCAAUACCAGCUGGAAGGUGACUCUGUUCAUGAAGUUCAGUGACUACAGAGAGGAUGUCCUUAAAGGGGGGGACGUGGUGCGUCUGUUCCACGCCGAGCAGGAGAAGUUCCUGACUUGUGACGAGUACCGGAAACAGCAGCACAUCUUCCUCAGGACAACCCUGCGACAGUCUGCCACCUCUGCCACCAGCUCCAAAGCCCUCUGGGAAGUCGAGGUUGUGCAUUACGACCCCUGCAGAGGAGGUGCCGGCCAGUGGAACAGUCUGUUUCGUUUCAAACACCUGGCCACGGGGAACUACCUGGCUGCAGAGAUUAAUCCUGAUUUCCGGACUGACAGUGUGGAUGGUAAAACAGAGGUAAAUCAGACGGAGACAGAUACCGUGUAUUCCAAGAGGAAGCGUCAGGCUGCGGAGAAGAUCGCCUACACCCUGGUGUCCGUUCCCCACGGCAACGACAUAGCGUCUCUGUUUGAGCUGGACGCCACCACCCUGCAGAGAGCCGACUGUCUGGUGCCCAGGAACUCGUACGUACGUCUGAGGCACCUGUGCACCAACACUUGGGUGACCAGCACCAGCCUCCCCAUCGACACGGAGGAGGAGCGCCCAGUCAUGCUCAAGAUUGGCACGUGUCCUAACAAAGAGGACAAGGAGGCCUUUGCCAUCGUCUCGGUGCCCCUGUCCGAGGUACGUGACCUGGACUUUGCCAACGAUGCCAACAAGGUGUUAGAGUCCACCGUGAGGCAGUUUCAGACGGGCGUCAUCACUCAGAAUGAGAGGAGGUUUGUAACCAAGCUUCUAGAGGACUUGAUCUUCUUUUUGUGCGAGGUCCCAAACAACGGUCAGGACGUGCUGUCUGUGAUCAUCUCCAACCCCAAUCGGGAGAGGCAGAAACUGAUGAGGGAACAGAACAUCCUAGCCCAGGUCUUUGGCAUCCUGAAGGCCCCAUUUGCUGACCAUGGGAAAGGCCAGGGUCCCAUGCUGAAGCUGGAGGACCUGGGGGACCAGCGCUAUGCUCACUUCAAGUACAUGCUGCAGCUGUGCUACCGCGUGCUGCGCCACUCCCAGAAGGACUACCGCAAGAAUCAGGAGUACAUAGCCAAGAAGUUCUCCAUCAUGCAGUCCCAGAUUGGCUAUGAGAUCCUGGCGGAGGACACCAUCACUGCCCUGCUCCACAACAACCGCAAGCUGCUGGAGAAACACAUCACAGCUAAGGAGAUUGAGACCUUUGUCAAGCUGCUGCGACGCAACCGAGAGCCCAGGUUCCUGGACUAUCUGUCAGACCUGUGUGUGUCAAAUAAAACUGCAAUCCCAGUGACUCAAGAGCUCAUCUGUAAAUUUAUGCUGAACCCUGCCAAUGCUGAUAUCCUCAUCCAGACCAAACUCAUCCCCAACACUGAAACGAGUCUGGACUCGACCCAGAUGCAGGAGGAUGGUGAUGAUGAGGAGGUGUGGCUCUACUGGAUCGACAGCCACAAGGAGCCACAUGGCAAGUCCAUCCGUCACCUAGCCCAGGACGCCAAGGGGAACCACAAAAUGGACUACGAAAUCAUCACCUACUACAGAUACCAACUCAACCUGUUUGCCAAGAUGUGUCUGGACCGCCAGUACCUGGCCAUCAACCAGGUGUCCAGCCAGCUUCCCGUGGACCUGAUCCUGCGCUGCAUGUUCGACGACUGUCUGCCCUACAACCUGCGUGCCUCCUUCUGCCGCCUCAUGCUGCACAUGCAUGUGGACCGGGAGCCCCAGGAGGCCGUGGUGGCCGUGCGCUACGCGCGCCUCUGGACCGAGAUCCCCUCCAAGAUCACCAUCCACGAUUAUGAGUAUGAGUUCACAGACAUCUCCAGAGAGGAGAUGAAGAGAAAGUUUGCCAACACCAUGGAGUUUGUAGAGGAUUACCUCAAAGACGUGGUCAGCCUAACUUUUCCCUUUGGAGACAAAGAGAAGAAUGAGCUAACUCUUGAGGUAGUGCAUCUGGCUAGGAACCUGGUCUACUUUGGUUUCUACAGAUUCAGUGAGCUGCUGCGUCUCACCCGAACCCUGCUGGCCAUCCUAGACGUCGGCCAGCUCCCACUCAACUACAUGGCCAACCUGAAUAAGAGUCCUGAGGCAGGUAAUAAUGUGCUGCGUACCAUCCACGGUGUGGGAGAGAUGAUGACUCAGAUGGUGCUCAGCAGAGGGCAGGUCCUGUCCCACAAUCACUCAGGCGAAUCCCCGGCUCCGCAGCCCCUGUGUCUUCCAGACGAUGAGGACGUUACGGUCAUGGACACCAAGCUCAAGAUAAUUGAGAUUCUACAAUUCAUUCUGAGUGUGCGCCUGGACUAUAGGAUCACAUAUCUGCUGUCCAUCUAUAAGAAAGAGUUUGGAGACGGCAGUAUAACAGACAGCUCAUUGUCCGUGGCUGAACCCUCUUCAAGUUCAGCAGUUCCAGAACCAGACAUCGACGAAAUUGCCGCCAAAGCAGAAACCAUGUUUGCUGGAAGUUCGGAGUGUAGUGCCGUGGAGCUAGAUGACGAGGGGGGCCGGACCUUCCUGAGGGUUCUGAUCCACCUCAUCAUGCAGGACUACCCCCCACUGGUCUCCGGGUCACUGCAGCUCAUGUUCAAACACUUCAGCCAGAGGGCCGAGGUCCUACAGGCCUUCAAACAGGUCCAGCUGCUGGUGUCUGAGCAGGAUGUGGAGAACUACAAGCAGAUCAAGACAGACCUGGACCAGCUCAGGCUGACGGUUGAGAAGUCGGAACUGUGGGUGGAGAAGAGUGGAGGCUACGGCAAUGAGGACAUAGGAGAGAACCAGGGCAAGGAGCAGGGCAUGGAGGAGGUGGGCAUCCUGAGCCCGGUACAGGAUGGCGACGUGAAACCCCAGAUAGACAGCAACAAAGCCAACAACUACAAAAUCGUAAAAGAGAUCCUGCUGCGUCUCAGUAAGCUGUGCUUCCCCGGCAAGAAGAGUCGUGUUCAGCAGCAGAGACUCCUGAAGAACAUGGGGGCUCACACUGUGGUCCUGGACCUGCUGCAGAUCCCCUAUGAGAAAACUGAUGAGAAGAUGAAUGAGAUCAUGAUGCUGGCACACGUGUUCCUGCAGAACUUCUGUAGAGGGAACAUCCAGAACCAGGCUUUGCUCAACAAACACCUCAACCUGUUCCUCACACCAGGGCUGCUGGAGGCAGAGACCAUGCGUCACAUCUUCAUGAACAACUUCCACCUGUGCAAUGAGAUUAGCGAACGUGUGGUCCACCAUUUUGUCCACUGCAUUGAGACGCACGGCCGACACGUCCAGUACCUCAAGUUCCUCCAGACCAUCGUCAAGGCCGACGGAAAGUACGUGAAGAAAUGCCAGGACAAAGUCAUGACGGAGCUGGUGAACGGUGGUGAGGACGUGCUGGUGUUCUACAACGACCGCUCGUCCUUCCCAGUGCUGCUUCAGAUGAUGAGGUGUGAGAGGGAGCGUGGGGACGAGGGCGGAGCUCUGGCCUACCACAACACCCUGGUGGAGCUCCUGGCCGCCUGCACUGAGGGCAAGAACGUCUACACGGAGCUCAAGUGUACCUCGCUGCUGCCACUGGACGAUAUCGUCAAGGUCGUCACCCAUGACGACUGCAUCCCGGAGGUGAAAACCGCCUACGUGAACUUUGUGAAUCACUGUUACGUGGACACAGAGGUGGAGAUGAAGGAGAUAUACACCAGCAAGCACAUCUGGAUGCUCUUUGAGAACUUCCUGGUGGAUAUGGCUCGGGUGUGCAACAGCACCACAGACCGUAAACAUGCUGAUAUUCAUCUGGAGAAGUAUGUUCUGGAGACCGUGAUGGCCAUCGUCAAGGGCUUCUUCAGCUCUCAGUUCUCCGUCAACAACUCUAACCUGCAGACACACCAGCCCAUCUUCAUCCAGCUGCUCCAGUCUUCUUUCAGGCUAUAUAACUGCACUUGGAUCAGCUCAGCCCAUAAGAGCAAUGUUGAGGGCUGCAUCAAAACCCUGGCUGACGUCGCCAAGGCGCGUGCCAUAGCCAUCCCUGUGGAUCUGGACAGCCAGGUGAACACACUGUCUCUGAAGGCCCAUACCAACAUGGUGCAGCGUGCUGCCAUGGACUGGAGGAUCUCAGCACGUUCCCGGCCCCGCAAGGAGCCCCUCGGAGGACCGGACUACAAGAGCAUCAUUGAGAAGCUGCAGGGUGUGGUUGCAUGUCUAAAGGAGCAGUUUAGUCCGAAGGUGCAGGCUGAGUUCUCUGUGUUGGUUGAUGUGCUGCACAGCCCGGAGCUGCUCUUUCUAGAGGAUACCAGAGUGCGCUGUGAGAGUGGUGCCUUCAUGUCUAAACUGAUCAAACACACCAAGAAGUUGAUGGACAAAGAGGAAAAGCUAUGCAUUAAGAUCCUGCAGACCCUCAGAGAGAUGCUGGACAAGAAAGAGGCCUUCGAUGAGCCUGUGAGUACCUGUCCAGACAUGGGAAACGCGUUACGGAAGAUUCUCCUCACUCGCUACUUUGGAUGUCAAAGGCUUCAUUCCAAAUCAGAGUUUGGGAGUGGGAACAGCUCAGUUGGGGGCUUUGCCAAGUCCUCCUCCGGAGGGGGCUCCAUGACACAAGACUCUGACAAGCCCAACAGCAACAUGGUGGACAUCCAGUGUCUGCUGGACAGCGAGGGAGCCACAGAGCUGGUCAUAGACCUUAUUGUCAGCACCAAGAACGACCGCGUGUUCGAGGAGAGCAUCCUUCUAGGCAAUGCCCUGCUCCGCGGGGGCAACACUCAGAUACAGAACUCAUUCUACCAUCAGCUGCACAAGCAGAAAAAGUCUGAACGCUUCUUUAAGGUGUUCUAUGACCGCAUGCGCCUGGCUCAGCAGGAGAUCCGUGCCACUGUGUCUGUGAACAUGUUUGAGGUCAGUGCCAGGAAGAGAGAUGAGGAUCUAGAAGUCAGUCACAGUGGCAUCCGGAUGAGGAAAACGGUGAAAGACUCUUCCAUUCAAAUGAAAGAGGAAUUCCGUGGCCAGUUGAAGGAGGCAUCCUCGGCCACUUCCAAAGCCUUUGUCUCCUACCGUGAGGAGAUGGACACAGACCUGGAGGUGCUGGAGGGCCAGGCCGGUGACGGGCCUGGGGGAGGGAGUGAGGAUAAGGAGGAGGAGGUCCAAAUGAGCCCGGCCAUCACCAUCAUGAAACCUAUCCUACGCUACUUGCAGCUGCUCUGUGAAAAUCACAACAGGAACUUGCAGAACUUCCUGCGGAACCAAAACAACAAGACAAAUUACAACCUGGUCUGUGAGACGCUGCAGUUCCUGGAUAUUAUGUGUGGCAGCACCACGGGAGGUCUUGGCCUCCUGGGCCUUUACAUUAAUGAGGGCAACGUGGAUCUGGUCCGGCAGACCCUGGAGACCAUCACUGAGUACUGCCAGGGGCCCUGCCACGAGAACCAGUCCUGUAUAGCUAAGCAUGAAUCCAAUGGCAUCGACAUCAUUAUUGCUUUGAUAGUCAACCCCAUCAACCCCUUAGGGAGGCAUCGAAUGGAUCUGGUGCUGGAACUCAAGAACAACGCCUCCAAGCUGCUACUGGCCAUCAUGGAAAGUCGCCAUGACAGCGAGAACGCUGAAGAGAUCCUUUUCAAGAUGAGGCCCAUGGAGCUGGUGGAUGGAAUGAAGGCGGCGUAUACCCAGGGGCUGAUGAGUGAAGCUGAGCAGAAUGCUACAGGAGACCAGAUUACACCGAAAGAUGUGGGACACAACAUGUACAUCCUGGCGCACCAGCUGGCUAGACACAGUAAGGUCCUGCAGCAGAGCUUGAGGCCACAAGCCCCGGGGCAACUGCUGGACGAUGACAUAGCGAAAGACGAGGCCCUCGAUUAUUACGCCAAGCACACCGCUCAGAUCGAGAUUGUGCGCCACAACCGCACCAUGGAACAGAUAGUGUUCCCAGUGCCCAACAUCUGUGAGUACCUGACUGAGGAAUCCAAGACGCGUGUCUUCACCACCACGGAGAGGGACGACCAGGGCAGCAAGGUCAAUGACUUCUUCACACAGUUCGACGACCUUUUCAACGAGAUGUGCUGGCAGAAGAAGAUACGCAAUAACCUGGCUCUGUUCUGGUUCUCCCGGCACAUCUCUUUGUGGGGAAGCAUCUCGUUCUACCUGGCCGUCCUGGUCAACGUGGCUGUGGCUCUUUUCUACCCGUUUGGGGACGAUGGAGACGAAGGUGUCCUGCCCCCCUUUGUGUCCAUCCUGCUAUGGGUUGCCUUGGUGGUGUGCACCGCUUUGCUCUUCAUCCUACCGAAACCAGGCAGCGUCCGACCCUUUCUGGUCUCUGUCAUACUGCGCUCCAUAUACACCCUGGGCCUAGGUCCCUCGCUGCUGCUACUGGGGGCUGCCAAUCUACUGAACAAGAUAGUAUUCCUAGUGAGCUUUGUUGGCAACCAGGGAACAUUCACGCGUGGCUACAGGGCGGUAGUCAUGGACUUGCCCUUUCUCUACCACGUGGGCUAUGUCAUCGUCUGCAUGCUGGGUCUCUUUGUCCACGAGUUCUUCUACAGCUUCUUGCUCUUUGACCUACUGAACCGCGAGGAGACGUUGCUGAAUGUUAUCAAGAGUGUGACACGCAACGGGCGCUCCAUCGUCCUCACGGCUGUGCUGGCUCUCAUCCUGGUCUACCUCUUCUCCAUUGUGGGCUUCCUCUUCCUCAAGGACGACUUCAGCAUGGACGUGCAACGUCUGCCAGGGAAAUCAGAAACACUAAGGCAAGGCAGAGCUCCCUCUGAUACAAAUCUAAAAGAUGCCUGCCCGAACUCUGGGAACUUGAUGGUGGAAGAUGACGAUGGGACGGAGCGUGUGUGUGACACUCUGCUGAUGUGCAUUGUGACGGUGCUGAACCAGGGUCUGAGGAAUGGAGGGGGAGUGGGCGAUGUUCUGAGGAAGCCCUCCAAGGACGAGCCUCUGUUCGCAGCCCGUGUGGUGUAUGACCUCCUGUUCUUCUUCAUUGUGAUCAUCAUUGUCCUAAACCUCAUCUUUGGUGUCAUAAUUGAUACGUUUGCUGACCUGAGGAGUGAGAAACAGGGGAAGGAGGAGGUUCUGAAGACUACCUGCUUUAUCUGUGGGCUGGAGAGGGACAAGUUUGACAACAAGACCGUGUCGUUUGAGGAGCACAUCAAGUCGGAGCACAACAUGUGGCACUACCUGUACUUCUUGGUCCUGGUGAGGGUGAAGGACCCCACGGAGUACACCGGGCCCGAGAGCUACGUGGCUCAGAUGAUCAAGGAGAAGAACCUUGACUGGUUUCCCCGGAUGCGGGCUAUGUCUCUGGUGAGCAGUGAGGGGGACAGUGAGCAGAAUGAAAUGCGCUCCCUGCAGGAGAAGCUGGACAACACUGUCACACUGGUGUCCCAGUUGUCCUCCCAGCUGUCCGAGCUAAAGGAGCAGAUGACAGAGCAGCGGAAGAAUAAACAGAGGAUGGGCUUCCUGGGGCCUUCUGGUGCCAACAACCACCUCCUCCCACAACACUGAGGGGCCUGGGGCCUCCUUAUCACAGAGAACUACACUGGAGGUGCACAGUAACCACACACAAUCAAAUUGAUGCUGCCAGUGGCUACUGGCCCACAUGCAUACUUUACUCCAUCAGGUCCUUGUAUUCCAAACACUUAGUGUUGUUAGACAGUCAUUCAACUACUCAUCCAACAUCACCCUCAGACAUUUCCUUUAGGACCACAGUCAUUCGGCUCUUUUCUGGCAGUAAGACUGAAAAAGAUGACCGGUAUGCCACAAAUUAGCCAGUGUAUUAUCAGACUGGGGGUCAAGGGAGAAGGUGAAUGGUUGAAUAUCAAAUAGGCAACCCUAUGCACAGCCACACUUCCUUCUAUAUUCUGUCGGAGACUGAGAUGAAGACAGAAACAGGGCUAUGUGUGGGUCAGGUAUUGGUACAAUGUAAUGAUGGAUGAUGUUGUUCAGCUUUUUUUGGUCUUUUGGAAAAGGUUGUACAUGUCAUGUCAUGUUAUUGUGAAGAAUUUUCUUCAUAGCCUGAACCCAGAUCAGUUUACAUUAUUGGCAACUCCAGUUACAAUAAUAAAAGCAAUUACAAACUUGUCAAAAACUGAUAUGGGAACAGGCUAUGUUCUAAACAGCAUUUUAGAUAAUUUUGAUACGUUUUGAUAUGACCUAUUAACUUGUGAACAUAACUGGAGUAUUAAUAGUUUUUACUGUGGAAUAGAACUGGAACAUUGAAUGUUCCGUCUGGCUGCCUUAAGUGGUAACACUGCUUCUUCAUCUCAAUCUUUAUGACGGUGAUAGUCAACGUUCUCAAUAUCCUGCACUUUUAUCAAUAUUGACAUACAACUGGAGAAAUGGAUUUGCAUGUGACAUUGCUUUUUUUAACACUUUACUCAACCUUAAUGCUUCAUGACAGUGUCAUAAACAUGUUCUAAAGUUUCAUAGCAUUUCCAUGUCUCAAAGAAAUAUUAAAACAAUGUUAUGAGACAUAUGUACAUGUGUGUUGGCAUCAGCCUUAGCUUCAUGACAUAUUUACAGCAGUGUUAUAUAGCAUUACAGCACUGAGUACAAGUGUUAACUUUUCUAUCAAAGGGCUUUCUGUGAUAAGGGAAUAAGGGAAUUGCUUCACUGCAUUACAUGCCUUUACUACACAUGUUGUACAUAGUCUAUAAAUAACAGUAUGAAAAGAAAAUGUAUUUGAAGAUAAUCUGAUUAUCUGUGUGGAAUUUACUUGAAAGGAAGAAUGUAGUCAUGACCAACUGGAGAUGAUGUGCUUGUGUCCUUUACAUCAUUAACUCAGUCAUGUUGAUAGAGAUUUGGGGUAAUACUGUAACUGUGGUCUGCAUCUGAAGUGGUUCCUAGUGUAGUGCUUUUGACCAGGGAAGCUCAGCCAUGUAAAGUAAUCUCACUCAGUCAAAUGAAAUGCUUAGUUUAAUAUGUGUAAAAGUUGUAUGUGUGUAAAGGUUUUAAUCUUUCACAGUCACAAGACAAAUCGAGGCGAUCACUUAGGAGGGAACGCCCUUUGAUCCUUUUUUUCUAAAGAGAUCCAGUGUGUUUCAUGUUGUUCCGAUACUAUAUUAUAAUAAAUCUAUGAUAAGACAGGA